AUGGCAGCAACCCAACGACACCAUGACGAAUGGUUUGAUGCGAACUUUAUCGACCAUAGACGUAGUGGUUCCUUCGGCCAUUCCACUUCAGUCGCGGACACUUUUCGUGCCGUCCACGACACGUUUGAGCAUGAGAAUAAAGUCGCCCGCGAAGAACGCGACCCUAACUUCAACGACAACGUGGCAAGUAACGCCGACAACGUGGCAAGUAACGCCGACAACUUUGACGGAAUGGAUUACCAGACAGCCGACGACGACGGAUUGAGCUCCGAUAACAUAACAGCGUACAUCAGUGUGUUAACCAAUUCGAGAAAUUACUUCUCGCUUGUCCCCGCUGCAUGGACCGAGGCGUGUGGGUCACUGGAUGCAGACGAUGUCGUACAAUACGAACACGAUUGGUGUGCACCAAAUGCAUUGGUGCAAAGUGAGGAGCUCGUGGUGGAAGACAUCGUUCCACUUGCUACGUCCAAGAUCAGCAUUGACCAGGUCAAAACCAGUAGAGGUUUUCAAUGCCUCGACCAGUCCGGCCAUGCAAUUGUGUUGCCCAUCACCCCAACAACUACCUUGGACCUGCACGAUGGUUUCAACUGCCCGCACUGUGGAUCCAUUGACACAGCUCCUGUACUGAUUGGCGAUGGAACGAAACUGGCCUGUCGAGCUGAAUUGGCUGGGGCCCAACCAGAUGAAAUCAGAGUAGACCAGCACUACCAGGGCGUGGAUAUCUCCGAUCGAGUACUCGUCCGAAGCAAAGCCAUCAGGCGUCUACUGAGGACGUUUUCGGGGCGAAACGUGUCAAAGCACGACAAAAGCCCCAUAAAAACCAUGUCAUUGGUGGAGCACACCAAUUUGAAGGAGUUGCUAGUGGGCACCCUGACGGUUGCCUAUUUGAGCGACUUUGUGGAGUAUUUGCUUGGUACUGCUGGUGUAAGUGGGCUGUGUGAUCCAUUGUGGGCCGACUUUGUGUACGAUUUGUCCUGCACCUCUGUGGUCCCUGGAGGACUUAUACACGAUCCAACAGUUCUGCGCGAUGUUCUUCAAACCAUGGCGGUCACCCAUACUAUCGGCAUCGCAAAUGGCGAAUUCCUGAAGCUGCAGGGUCGAAUGCCAGUAUUAUCCCAAGCCCUUCAGAAAUCUCAAAUGCUCGGCAACCCAAAGCACCCGUUGUGGAGGGGGCUGUCCAAACUGCUACUCCAACUGUCAGUCAUGUGCGACUACAUGUCACGGUUGCAGCCCCAUGAAACGACCGACAGUUUAGCAUCCCGUGACGCUCGAGCCUGCAAUUACGACGACAAAGCUGCUUGCUUCCCUGGUGCGCCCUGCAUACGUUUGCUCGGCCACUACCGAAGCGACAGUCCGUCCCACCCAUUUUCGAUCCUCGCUCAGCGAUUAAGCCGGACCGAUGGGAAGCGUGUCGUCAUAAUCGACAACGCCGGCAACAUCCAAAACUACUGCAUGCAACGAGAGCCCUGGAUCUUUCGAAACAUUUGGUUCCUCGUGGAUCGACUGCACUAUGCAAACCACAUCAACUGCUCCAGGUAUUGA